AUGGCAAAUCCAAAUAAAAAUCGCCCAAGCACUGGCAAGAAUAAGGAACCAAACGAUAUCAAACCGGUCACUGAGGACUCGAGGUUCAAAUCGGUUCAUAAUGAUCCCAGAUUCAAAUUUCCAAAUUUCAAGAAUUUAAAAGUCAAGGUAGAUGAUAGAUUCAGCAAAAAGGAAUUGAAAAAGCUUACCGGAAGCAAAGUCAAGAUUGACAGGUAUGGAAGAAAGCUUGAAGAAAAAGAUCAAGAACUUAACAAGUACUAUGAAUAUGGCGACGAAAGCUCAAGCCAGGAAAGUGAGGAAGAGCACCUGGGAGAGGAGCUGGACGAGGAGGAGGAUGAUGUGGAAGCUUUGAGUCGCAGAAUUCGAGGCGAAGAGGAAGAGUUGGAUAGAGCAAGAGGUAAAGGUCUUGCUAGUUCCUCAUCUGAGCUGUCAUCUGAUGAUUCUUCAUCAGAUAGUGAACUGGAGUUAGAGGAAGUGGAGAGCGAGUCUGAGAUUGAGUUGGAAGAAAAUGCACCAGGAGAAGCAGACCCAACCUCAUCCUUUGCUGUUGUCAACAUGGACUGGGACAACUUGAGAGCAGAAGAUUUGAUGGCCACAUUCUUGUCGUUUGUACCAAAAGGUGGAAAUAUCCAAUCGGUUAAAAUCUACCCUUCAGAGUUUGGAAAAGAGAGGAUGCAGAAGGAAGAAAUAGAAGGACCACCAAGGGAAUUGUUCAAAAAAAAGGGUAAGAAGAUGGAAGAGUCGGAUUCAGAGUCAGAUUUAGAUUCCGAUGUUGACAUCCAAGAUCCUAAAGAAUUGGAAAGGGUUACACGUAAAUUGUACGAGCAGGAUGAUGGAAAAGAGGAUUACGACAGCAAGGCUUUACGUCGAUAUCAACUCCAGCGAUUAAGAUAUUAUUACGCCAUCGUGAAGUGUGACUCUGUUCAAACGGCGAAAAAUAUAUAUGAAAACGUUGAUGGUACGGAAUACGAAUCAACAGCAAACGUUUUUGACUUGCGAUAUGUACCAGAGGAUAUGGAGUUUGAUGAAAAUGAUGCGAAAGACGAGUGCUUCAAGGUAUCACCAAAUUACAAGCCUGAAUCCAGAUUUGUGACUGAUGCAUUGCAGCACUCCAAAGUGAAAUUAACAUGGGAUGAGACUCCAAAGGAACGGCUCACGUUAUCUUCAAGACCACUUUCUCAGAAGGAAAUAGAGGCAAAUGAUUUCAAGGCAUACUUGGCUAGUGAUUCAGAUGAAGAUGACGAAUUAGAAAAGAAUGGUGAUGGAUUUGAUUUGAAGUCCAAAUAUCAAAGCUUGUUGGGGAAAACUUUCAAAAAGGGUAGAGACUCGGGUGACGAAAGCGACGACGUGGAUAUGGAAAUAACAUUUGACCCAGGUUUAAAAGACGCAUCAGAAAAGGAAGCAGUGGAAGCAAACUCUGAGAAAACAACCAUCGAAGCUUACAAGAUGAAAGAGAAAGAGAGACGUCAAAAGAGACUCAACAAAUUCAAGGAAAGUAAAUUGAAAACGGAACCAGAUGAAGAGGAGACAAGCAAUGCUUCAAAGAAGAAAAGCAAGGGUCGUCGUGGUAAACAAGCUGAUAAUGUAUCUGAAAAGGAAAAGGCCGAAUUGGAGUUGGUGCUCAUGGAUAAUGAUCAGAAGCAUGAACAUUUUAGCAUGAGGGACGUGCUCAAGAAUGAAAAGUCAAAGAAGAACAAAAAAUCAAAAAAGAAGAACAUUGAUCAAGAAAUGGUUCAAGACAACUUUGAAGCAAACUUGAAUGAUCCUAGAUUCGAUGAAGUUUUUGAAAGUCAUGACUUUGCGAUAGAUCCAACCAGUAGUGAGUUCAAGAAAACUGAGACAAUGAAAAAAAUUUUGAAAGAAAGAUCUGCCAGAAACAAAAAUGGAAACAGCAGAAGUCAUGAUAGAGACAACAAAAAACGUAAAAUCAAGGAUAAUGACUAUGAUAAUGCAAAAUCAAUUGCAAAGAAAUUGAAAAGUAAAGUGAAAUAG